UAAUUAAAAUGCUGCUGGCUAACCGUUCAGCCGGACUACUAUUCUAUUUUUGCCUAAUCGCUGUGAUUUGUGUGACAUAUGUCAAUGGCUGCACUCGUGCUCCAACACAUUUGCCGCAUGGAAGGCGCACACGCGGCGACAAUGGUUACAGACUAAUUGUGGCUGAUGGCCCAAGUGGCUAUGUGCCCGGAAAGGCCUAUAAUAUUCUUCUACUCGGUUCCCGUACCCAUUCGAAAGUUCAACAUUUCACCCAUUUCUCAAUUACCGCAGAAGCUCAUAUUGGUGGAAGACGACCAAUUCCCGCUAAUCCACAACGUGUGGGACGUUUCCAACUUUUCAGUGACUCCUUGACCAAGUUCAGCGAUCGUUGUGUUAAUACCGUUGCUGAGGCAGAUGAUUUACCCAAGACGGAAAUUCAAGUUAUGUGGGUGGCGCCUGAAGCUGGUUCGGGUUGUGUGUCAUUGUCGGCAAUGGUAUAUGAGGGACCACGAUCGUGGUUCUCCGAUGAUGGCCAGUUGACACAGGUUAUUUGUGAGCGCAAAGUUGACCACACCACCAUUCAGAAGGAGUGCUGUGCCUGUGAUGAGGCCAAAUAUAGUUUUGUUUUUGAGGGCAUUUGGUCCAAUGAAACCCACCCGAAAGAUUAUCCCUUUGCCGUGUGGCUAACCCAUUUCUCUGACAUCAUUGGUGCUUCGCAUGAGACCAACUUUUCGUUCUGGGGUGAAAAUCACAUUGCCACCGAUGGUUUUAAAUCUUUGGCUGAAUUCGGUUCUCCCAGUGCCUUGGAAGCGGAAUUAAGAACCAAAGGUCCCAGGCUACGUACACUCAUUAAGGCUGCUGGCCUUUGGUAUCCCAAUGUAAAUUCCAAUACUUCUUCCACGUUCCGUGUCGAUCGUAAACAUAAUAAAGUUUCGAUGGUUUCAAUGUUUGGUCCAUCACCUGAUUGGGUUGUGGGUAUUAGCGGUGUUGAUUUGUGUACCGCCGAUUGUUCAUGGAAAGAGUCAAUGGAUUUCGAUUUAUAUCCAUGGGAUGCGGGUACGGAUAGUGGUAUCACCUAUAUGUCUCCAAAUUUGGAGACACAACCACGUGAAAGGAUGUAUCGUAUAACACCAAUGUACCCUGAAGAUCCACGUGCUCCGUUCUAUAAUCCUGUCACUAAGACAAUGAAGCCAUUGGCUAAGCUGUAUAUUCGUAGGGAGAAGAUUAUUUCCCGUACCUGUGAUGAUGACUUUUUGCAAGCUUUGCAGUUGGAGGUUUCCGAUGAUACUGAGGAUCAGGAUACAAGAGUUGAAUGCCAGGUUACAGAUUAUACCCCUUGGGCGCCAUGUUCGGUAACUUGCGGUAAGGGUAUACGCAUGCGCACUCGUAAAUAUGUUAAUCCCGAAAAGGCUGAAAUGGCCAAGUGCAAUCGGCAAUUGGUGUCAAAGGAAAUGUGUGCCGCUGCCAUUCCCGAAUGCGGAAAUCAACAAGAUGACGAAGAUGAGGGCGAAAAUUUGGCAAAUUCCUCUUCGUUGGUCAAUGAAAAUGGUGAGGGAACUGGCAUUUGUCAAACCACUCCCUGGAGUGGUUGGUCAGAAUGUUCCGCUUCCUGCGGUAUUGGUAUUACAAUGAGAACUCGCACAUUCAUAAAUCAUUUGGGUCGUAAACGUUGUCCUCACAUUAGCGUGGUGGAGAAACAAAAAUGUAUGCGUCCCGAAUGUACCUUCGAAGAAGUAGAAUUACCCGAUCCCAUGUGUCCCACCACUCAGUGGAGUGAUUGGAGUCCCUGCUCGGCCACUUGUGGUAAGGGUGUUACUAUUCGCACUCGGGUGUUGCUGCUGGAGGAGGGUAGCGUCAAGGAGGAGUGUACCAAACGCAUGGAAUUGAAUCAGCAGAAGGAAUGUACCGUUGCUCAGGAUUGUAAUAUUAAUUUUGAAAUGGCCAAGGAAAUCUGUGCCAGCCGUUUUGACAGUGGCCCCUGUCGCGGCAGCUAUAUGCGUUAUGGUUACAACAAGGACACCGGUCGCUGUGAAACCUUUACCUAUGGUGGCUGUCGUGGUAAUCGCAAUAACUUCCUGACCGAAGCUGAUUGCAUGAACACCUGUGGACGUUUGUCGGCGACAACUAACAGCCAACCGCAACAAAUUACCACUUCUAGACCUGCUCCAUUGCUGAAUAUUCCAUCAUAUCGUCCAUAUAAUUCGGGUGUUAGCACCAACAGUAAUGAUGACACGGUCCCAGAGGGUUGCAUCAUGUCCGAAUGGUCUAAUUGGUCGGAGUGCAGUGUACGUUGUGGUCUAGGCUAUUCGGAACGUUAUCGUUAUGUUAUUUCCGAACCUAAAAAUGGCGGUCAACCAUGUCCUAAGCGCACCGUGAAGAAGCGUCGUUGCACCAUGACAGAUUGUUAGAAUGGAG